CUUCCACCACAUUCCUCCUCGUCCGCCACGUUACCACCUCCUGCGCCGCACGCGGCGACGGACUGACAGCAUGGUGCAAGACGCAGAGCUCCAGGCCAAAAUCGCAGCCCUCGCCGGCUCGAUUAACAAGCAUAAACAACAGCAGCACCAACCGUCCCUCACCACUCCCGAUCCAGCUCGCCGCCUCCACGCCCCUCACCCACCUGCCUACAGAUACUCGCCGUAUCCCUCCGCCAGACCUAUCCGCCCGCCGCCCCACCAAAACCGCACGCUUGUCCUCAACGGCUCACAGGCAUCCCCUCCUCGUACUGCCAUCCCAGGGGCAGCAGAUUCAUCUGAGGCGUUUGUGUCGGCGCGUGCUCCUGGAAGGCAACAGCUCAUGAACAAGGACACGUACGACCGCGAACUCAAGCGAUUGCAACAGUACAACGAUAAUGCGCGUGUUUCGAAGAGGCAGAAGAUCGACCGCAGAGAGCGUAGGGCGCUGAUGCAGCAUGCCAACGUCUCUGCCACCUCGGAACACCGUGAACUCGUUGUCGACGGCAUCCGGUUCCAACUCCGCGACGACGGCAGCAAGCUCAUGCGUAUCCACGAUGCGACCACUGACAACAGACCUACUCCCAAGCGGAUCACGAUCGCAAACGUCGACUUCUGCAGAACAAAAACCGGCAAUCUCGUCCGGACCAACGCGAUCCGAGAGCUGAUCAAAUCCAAGAACCCGGCCCCCUGCGAGCAAUUUACGAAACAUGGAACCUGCCCGUUCGGCCCCUCCUGCAAGUUCUCGCACGACCCCAACAAAGUCGCCAUGUGCAAGACCUUCCUCAAGGGAUCAUGUCCAGCUGGUGACGCCUGCGACCUCUCACAUGAGCCCACCUACCACCGUGUCCCCGCCUGCACCCAUUUCCUCCGUGGCAACUGUACAAACAAUACAUGCCCCUACCCCCACGUGCACGUCUCUGACUCUGCCCCCGUGUGCCGUACCUUUUCGACCCUCCACUACUGCCCGCUAGGCGAAGAGUGCGCCAAGCGCCACCUCUUCGUCUGCGCCGACCAUGUCAAUCAUGGCAAGUGCGCCAACAAAAAGUGCACGAUGCCUCACCCGGACCACGCCGGCGCCAUGCGCAAAGCCGCUGCGCGCCUGGCGAAGACGGGCUCGGAGGAGCAGUCUGAUGUGUCGAGUGACGAAGACGAGCACGACGAUCAGAUGGGCGUCGACGACAUUGACUCUGAUGACGCCGAGACGUUCAUGGCGGGGGCGGAUGAUGCCGAUCAUGCGCUCAGCCAGCAGCAGGAUUUCAUUUCUUUCUCCGAGGCUUGAGAUGCUGUUCGGUGUCGUCCACUGGUUUCUUUUCCGUCCCCCUGCGAACUCCUUCAUUGCAUAGCGAGAAAGAAGCGGUAUUGUCUGUCGAUUGCAGCGACGUGUACUAUGAGAAGACUCGAUAGAAGCAAGAUAUGAGAAGAAAAUGUGAAAGAAGAUUCCCU